CCGGCCCUCUCCUCUCUCCUUCGUACCCCGCCUCCUCGCGGUUCCCCAAACCCUAACUCUAACCGUAGGAAGUAGGAGUAGGGAUGGUGUCGGGGUCGGGGAUAUGCGCAGAGCGCGUGGUGGUGGACGCGCGGCACCACAUGCUGGGGCGGCUGGCGUCGAUCCUGGCGAAGGAGCUCCUGAACGGGCAGCGCGUGGUGGUGGUGCGGUGCGAGGAGAUCUGCCUCUCGGGGGGUCUCGUGCGGCAGAAGAUGAAGUACCUCCGCUUCCUCCGCAAGCGCAUGAACACCAAGCCCUCCCACGGCCCCAUCCACUUCCGCGCCCCCGCGAAGAUCCUCUGGCGCACUAUCCGAGGUAUGAUACCUCACAAGACGAAGAGGGGAGAGGUGGCGCUGGCGAGGCUCAAGGCGUAUGAGGGGGUUCCUCCGCCGUACGAUAAGAUGAAGCGAAUGGUCAUUCCUGAUGCUCUCAAGGUUUUGAGGCUUCAGCCGGGGCACAAGUAUUGCUUGCUUGGUCGGCUCUCCACGGAGGUUGGAUGGAAUCACUAUGAUACCAUCAAGGAACUAGAGAACAAGAGGAAAGAAAGAGCUCAGGUAGCGUACGAAAGGAGAAAGCAGCUCGCGAAGCUGCGGGUGAAGGCGGAGAAGACUGCUGAAGAGAAGCUCGGUUCCCAACUAGACAUCCUUGCUCCCAUCAAAUAUUAGUACUCUCUAGCUCGCACUUCUUAAUCCAAUGAGCUAAACUAUUUUGAGUCCCUUGUUUUUCGAAGAUGUGUGGAGUCAGUAGACUUCUAUGCUGCUUAAUGUCGGUAACUUAUCAAAUUGUGUUGAAGAUUUUUGUGUUAGCUAAGUAGUUCUUUUCUUGAUUGAUAUGUUGCUUUAUGUUGGAUAUGGUUAAAUUUGGUGAGAGAUUGCAACUAAAUUUAUUUUUGCCACUUAAGCAAGUUUAGCUGGUCUUGUCGAAUUAGCCCUA